UUUCCGGCAUUCUCUUUACAUCAAGCUCUUGUAGUGUGUGGAUGUAUAAAGUGUGUUAUUUUAAAAAUAAAAUACAAAAGUAAAUAUAAUAUAAAUUAAUUAGUUAAGAAUGGCUGAUCAAAAUCAAGAAUAUGAGAUGAAUAAUGGUGAAGAUUUUUCUCAAGAUGUUUCCACACAAGGUGAACAAUUAAAUGGAACUAAUGGUGAAAAUGGAAGUGGCGAUGCUCCGGCCGAUAGUGGAAGUGCCGAAGCACCAGGCCGCGACGAUGAUAGAAAACUUUUUGUUGGUGGACUUAGUUGGGAAACGACUGAUAAGGAAUUAAGAGACCAUUUUGGUGCAUACGGUGAAAUAGAAAGUAUAAAUGUCAAAACAGACCCAAACACAGGACGGUCUCGAGGUUUUGCAUUCAUUGUAUUUAAACAAUCAGAUUCUAUAGACAAAGUAACCGCUGCCGGCGAACAUGUUAUAAAUAAUAAGAAAGUCGAUCCAAAAAAGGCAAAAGCUAGACAUGGAAAAAUUUUUGUUGGUGGAUUAUCGACAGAAUUAUCAGACGAUGAUAUCAAGAAUUAUUUCAUUCAAUUUGGAACGAUUAUGGAAGUAGAAAUGCCAUUUGACAAAACAAAGAAUCAACGAAAAGGUUUCUGUUUCAUCACAUUUGAAUCUGAACAAGUUGUAAAUGAACUUCUCAAAUCGCCAAAACAGACCAUUAAUGGAAAAGAAGUUGAUGUAAAAAAAGCAACACCUAAACCUGACAGUAUGAUAGGACCACGAGGUAGUGGUGGACGAGGAGGCCGUGGCGGACGUGGAUCACGAGGUAGUAGAGGUAGUUACGGUGGUCAAGGUUGGGGUAACCAAGGCUAUGGUGGAUACGGAGGCUAUGGGCAAGGAUAUGGUGGUGGUUAUGAUGGUUACGGUGCCGGUUACGAUUAUUAUGGCGGUGGUUAUGGUGGAUAUGGUGGUUAUGAUUAUACUGGCUACGGUAAUUACGACUAUGGUAACUACGGUAACUACGAUGGUAGCUACUCCGGCGGAAGGAGUGGUUCACGUGGGAAAGGGAAUUCUGGUUACACAGGUGGCAAACAACGCGGUGGCGGUGGAAGAAAUCAACGGCAUCAACCUUAUUAGAGAUAAGAUAAUAUAUAUCUAGUCUAGCUAUAAAAAUUAGCUAGUCUAGUAUCUGUGUGUUUGUGACAUUUUGGUUUGUGUGACAACUUUUCAUGAAUUCAGUUGACAAACUAUUGUGUAUCGGGCAUAUUUUCGACAGUCUGACUUAUCAACUCAUCAUCAACUCCAUAAAUCCAUCUCGUUCGUUAAUAUAUUUCACAAUUAUCAAAUCAUUCCAUUUAAAAAAAAAAGUAAAUAAAUGUAAACUUUCAUGUUCUUGAAAACGCCAUCACACACUCGACCAUCCGAACUUAACAAAUUCAACCGAAAUCAUCAAAUUGCAAUAGAAGCGAUUGAAGAAAGAAGAAAAAUUGUGUACAAAACUACAAAUAAAAAAAUAGUUAUCUCUGAAUAUAUUUGUAAUAUUUUAUAGAGUGAACUGAUUAAACUAAAAACAAAAUAAACAUUUGUUUCUAAUUUUAAGUUAACACUUAAGGUAUAAGGUGUUGUAAUUUGUACAAUGAAGUGAAGUUUCUUUUUAUUUACAAUUCACGUAAAUUAAUUAAAAAAU